UGGGUAGCAGUUGGCUCGAGAAAGCAGUCGCUCUCGCAAUCCAGGAAUCCGUUUUCUUCAACCUCGAAUCCAUUUUCGGCUCCCCAUUAUAUCAGCGCAGCGGCGCAACCAGACGUAAAAUGGCUCCCCUUACGCCUCCCAUCAUUCCCGGCUUGUCGACUGACAUCGUCAGAGUCAAUAGCCCUCGACACUCAACAUCAGGCACCUGGCAUGAUACCGUCUUGAUUCCCAAGUACAACCUACAAGCGACAAACACCUUCGGAAAAGACGUCGCGAAUGUAGACACUUUGCUAGUCCUAUUGACCUUCAAUAUCCAGUAUGAUACUAGUAUCUUCCCUUGGGAAGGGCACCGUAUCCAACUGCCGGGAUGCUACCUCAGUCUUGCCUUCACAGGGGGGCGGCCGGCUGAGUUUGUAGACGGAGAGAAAAGGAGUGACGAUGACGAGUGUCUAAAGGAGCUCUUCUCCUAUAUCUCUACUGGGAGCGACGGAGACAAGGCGCCCGAUGAAAAUUCUACGGUGCUGGAAGAGAUGAUCUCGCAGGAGCACAAGGAUCGUGGACGCCCAAAAGCGCUCUGUUACGAGGAUAUUCAACUAAUGGUCGUGCGCCAUCCGGAAACCGGCGACGAGGGCCUUGCUAUGGCCAUCAGGCUCGCGCACCACAAAGGGGUAGAUAAUAAGCCGAAGCCGACUAUCUUCUUCUUUACCCCUGCUAGGAGGUUGAUCUUCUGUUUCAUUACUAUCAUCGUCAGCUUAGCAGUACACGAUGGCGCGUUUGCCGCACUGAAGUUUACCAGCGUCAGGGGAGUCUUUGAGACAAGGAACAAGGGGCCAGUUAAGUGUACCCCUUUGCGAUGGAAGGAGGAAUGGCUCAAGCGGCCUGUCUUCCGCCGGUACGACGAGUCUAUUGCGGAGGAAGAAUCCGAGGAGCGGAAGUAUCAACCGCUUCCCUACCAUAAGCUACGUUACGACAUGGAGCGGCAGUCGCUCGACGCUGGAGAAGAGAAUUCAAUCGAACCAAAGGCCUGGCGUAGGGGAGCGGCUAACGCAGCAGACGGCAACGCCUCCGAUGCUGUCCGCGAUCAGAUGAUGCGCCACGACCCGAAGUGGGCUACGUUCAACAACGCAUAUAUUAACGAGAAGGUUGGGUUCCACCUUCAGAACGCGUUCUUGGAGGAGCCGACCGAGGACAGUCUACUCGCAAUGCUUACGCAUAUCGGCCUUACGCGCGACCCUCGCGCGAGCAAAGACAUGGUUCCCGAUGAUGUCUGGGAGCUGAUGCUGCCCGAUCCGCAGAUCGAAGCGCUGAAGGCGGAGAGGGCACAGCUCAAAGGCGGCCGGCACCGGAUCAAGGGCUCGAAAAACGAGGGCAAGAUUCGAGAACUAACCAAGUGGAUCGCGACCAAGGAGCAGCAGCGGAAGACAACUAUCCGGCGAGAGUACCGGAAACAUUACUUUUAUAACCGCCCAACCUGGGACAUGGAUGCCGAUGGGCAAGAGGAGUACGUCAAGCCGGCCGCCGACCUGCAGAUUACCGAGCGCGCUCAGCUCGCCGAGAUCCUCUACAACCAGCCGGACAACUUGGGCCUCGCAGAGCUCCUCGAACUCAGGAUCCGGGCAGGCGAGCUGGUGGUCAUCCUGUGCGGCAAACGGGAGACGGCGAGGCGGGGCCGCAUCCGACGGAGGGCGCAGGCGCAGGCCGACGUCACGGUGAAGGAGUCUCCUGGACCGGACCUCUUUCCGUAUAAGAUAAACAAGAGGCAAUGUCCGCGCUGCAUCGGGGAUGAGAUGCUAACCUAUGAAGAACGGACGUUCAAGUACUAUCGACUGGCGGUGAUGCACGACCAUUUCGACAGGAACCACGCGCAAUACCUAGACAGCGUAGAGCAAAUAUCGUACAACCACCCGAAGUGCAAGGAUGAGGCGCUGGGGUUCAAACACUUGAGCCAUUACAAGAAUCAUAUACAGAAGGUCCACGGCGUCAAACUACGGGCCUGAGUGUAUUAGUUGUACUAUAUAUAGAUUAGAUCCCCGACGAGGAAGAUCUGCAAGCGUGGCGAAACGGGCCGGGAUGAUAUUCUCUAUAGGCAUUACGUUAUAUAAUAAAGAUAAUUGGGAGAGUCAAGUAGAACGGAAAGGAGUUGAGUAGUU